AUGUUGUUCAAGUCAAAACAUCCGGAUGUCGAGGUUCCUGAAGACAUCACCGUCUGGCAUUGGCUCUUCGAAUCCCCAGAAUUUUCCGUUCUUCACAAACUAAAGCCGAGCGAGUUGGCCGGGUACACCAAUGCUGCGACCAAAGAGCGGGUCAACUGGGCCCAAGUAAAGGAACUUGCAACGUAUGUGAGCACCGCAUUGGUGAAGAAAUACGGCAUGAAAGAGGAGGAUACGAUAUCGCUUUUCAGCCAGAAUACAAUCUGGUAUCCUGUGGCUAUGUUUGCCGGGAUCAGGGCCGGCGGCAAGGUGGCGGGAGCGUCUCCGGCAUACAACGUUGAGGAGAUGUCAUACGCGCUCCAAAAGGCCGAGACGAAAUUCCUCAUGACAGGCCCAAAUUCAUUAGAGGUUGCCGUAGCUGCUGCUAAGAAUGCUGGCAUUCCGCAGGAGCAUGUUUUCCUGCUCGAAGGGGAGGCCGACGGCUUCACCACAUUUAAGGAUCUUCAGAGGAUCGGGAAGAGCCAUGGCGAGCAAGGCCAGAUUCCACCGCAUUCGGUUCCCGAGAGGGAAGACGAACAAGGAUCUUUGCGGGUUUUUGAACUUUUCCAGCGGGAACAACUGGAUUGCCGAAAGCUGUGA